ACAGGUUACGGAAAUUCCCGAGCUCUCCGCGAUUUCCAGCGGCUUUGACCCGCUCACGGAAACCACCGAGAAAAGCCGAUUGCCACCGAAGAUGGCUCCGGGGCCGUGUGUACACACCCGAGCGCCAGAGACCCAGUGUGCAUGCGCGAGAUACUCAUUCCCUAUUGGAGGAGCUCUGGUUUCCGUAAUGGCACCUGUUUGAAUACCAGUCUUUUAUGUAUUAUCUUUGCUAUACUGAAUUGCAUUUUCCAUCUUCUUAUGUCGGCAUAAUCCUGCGCAAUACUAUAGAAACUUUUAUUCUGACACAGGUGCAGUAUUAUGUACACGGGGAGCAUUAUAAAGCUGUGAAAAACGAGUUUGCCCUUAACAAAGAUGGCUUCCAUCGAGUUCUUUACGAGUCCCUGGCGCUUUAGUGGCGGAAAUAGCCGAGAAUCUCCGAUCUCAGCAGAAAGAUGGCGCUGUACAGGAGAGGAAAGAGCUCCUUGGUUCUGUCAUCUGUUCCUCUCCAGAUCCUACUUUAUGUCAAUGUUGUGUAUUAUGUGUUUUAUUUUCUUGCUACACUACUAAUGAUUAUUUAUAAAAGUCAGGCGUUUAGUUAUCCAGACUCUAACUUGGCUUUAGAUCUUGGUCUUCUAUUCCUCAUGGUAAUCCUUGAGUCUGUGCGGUUGUACUUGGGAACAAUGGGAAAUUUAACAGAAGAAGAGCUUCCCUUGGGAUCCAGUCUGAUUUUGACUAUUGGCAAUGUCUUUCUGUCUGUAUAUUUCCUGGUGUGGGAGACAUACAUCCUAAGAGCAGAUCUCAUCAUAAAUGGCAUCCUGUUGGUUCUUUAUGGACUGGAAGCAAUCCUAGAAUUUUUCACCAUUGCCACAUUUUUCCGUUAACAUUAACAGCACAUUGUAGAAUAUUUAUUUAAGACUCUGAUGUUCAGAGAAGAAUUCUAAAUAAAAUUAUGGUCAAAAGACAGAAAAAAAUAUAUUUGGCAAGUAGUAAAGAGCAUCGUUUACAAAGAAAGUCUAUAAAGCACUGUGGAACCUCAGUACAGGGACUGUGGGGGAUUUAGCGCAGAUUGCAGCACCAAGAAGUUAAGUAUCCGGUUUUAUUUUAGUGAUAAGUUAAAGCAGUAGUAAACCCCACCAAUUAAAUUUUUUUGGAAACCCUGCAAAGUAAAGGCAUAAUGUGCUAGUAUGC